CAUGGUUUAAGUACAUGCGUGUGCGCAGACCUCACCGGACCGUCCCAAGCUUAUUCACCGAUUAUAUCAAAAUCAUUUUUGAAUCUUGAAUUAACAAAAAAAAACAAUUUUCACGAAUUUAAAGGUUUUUGUUCUGACAUAUUUAGCAGCGUCUAAUCGGGGAAAUUUGAGAGAUCUUCAGUGAAAAUGGCAGAGGCAAACCUGCAAGAGGCCCGCAUACACGGCCGGGAAAUUUUGGGCACCUUUUCGACGGACGAAAACCGGAAAUAUUGCAACGACAACCGAAAUCGACGUUUUUACAUCGAACCCGACAACGAAAUGGAGUUUGACUACACUAAAGGCUUCCAUAAGUACGUCGAUAUGAAAGAAGAUGCUCGAGUGACGUCGCUGGAGAAUGUGUUGUCUUGGAUGCGAGAUCACCGGAGCUUGUUAAUAGCAAAGGACAUUUUAGAUACAACAGCAUCACGACUUAACAUGGAUUUUGUCGGGCGACGUGGAACGUUUAAAAACCUAUUGGAAGCUGGUGGUAACCGUAAGACUGAUAUUCGGCUGGUAGUAACUCUGUACCGCGGUACUUAUUACAUCUCCGAGUUUUCGGGUCUCUGGAAGACCAGCAAUAGACCACAAACCAGAGAGGGACGUUUGAGAGCGGCUUCUUCAAAAUUGUUUCUUCAAUUCAUCACAAGCAAGGACGGAUGCAAUCAAGACAACACUGCUCCACUGAACGACAAUGCUUCCUAUUACGCUGUGAUGAGCGCCCUCUGCGGUGAACAUCGGAUGCUAUUCAGCUUUGAGGUGCAGGCAGAAUGGAAAGAUGAACUCACACCCCCUCCUUGGAAUUACAUCAAUGUACGCACAAACGGAGAACCUUCGAUAAACCCGAUAAAGGCUUUAAGAUGGUGGGCUCCUAAUGUGCUUGCCGACAUCCCGGAGAUCGUAUGUGGGUUACGAGACGACAAACAUGGUAUUGUGCGAACUUUCCAGUACCUCCAGACCAAUAAACUUUCCAUCGAAUAUACUCAGAGCAAGUGGGAACCACAGGCUUGCUUCAGAACAAUGGAAUCAUUGCUGUCUCAAAUCAGAGAACUUGUACAAGAGGACGAUAUAAGAUCUGUCUAUCAUCUCGUGCUUGAACCAGUUGAUGAAGAAGAUCAGGAUUUAGAUCAUCACUUACCAAGCCGUCGAUUUGUCUCCCGUGGCAAACGAACAGAUGAUUUUACGUUCAUUGAUGAAUCACUUCUUCACUCAAUACUCGAAUCAGAUUGAACAGAAGAAAAAAAAAUACAGAGCUCUUUAUGGAAAAUUAUUACCCAUCUUGGGUUGACGUCUCUGUGGCCUGUAGGCCUAUUCUACAAUCCAGUUAACUUAAACAAUGGUCAAACUAUGUGUUAAGAUUAUAUGGGAAACCGAAAAUAUCAAAUUUCUGUUUUUCAUUUGUUUUUCAUUGUGCUAUAUUGGUGAAUAAAAUUAAAUUAUUCACCUAUUAUUCUCAGAAGCUAUGAAUGAUAUGUGUAACAGAUAAGCUGAAAAACACCAAAACCUGUCCUGUUGAACAUUUGUGUCACAAUCGGGUAUCUAAAUAAUUAAACCGCAACUUUAGACCAGAGUAUCAAAAAGAAUACGGGCUUAUGAGUUUCCAAAGAACUGGGAUAAUAUUAUUCCAGCUUUCAUUUAUUAAUGAAUCUUGCCAAGUCCCCAUUUACCUCACAUGGGUUCAGCGCAGCAGUUUAGAUAGAUAUCCCGUGCUACAAAACUAUCGAUCGGAUCCGAAUUUCCAUGAUCAUCAGGUUGAAAGGCGCGAGUCGGAACCACGCCAUCACAGGUGCCGCAGAAACGAGGGGGGGGGGGUUGGGUGGUUUUGAAAGACUGGUCAAUGCUAAAUCGUUGGGUCA